UUUAUUCUACAGUAGAGUAUCGGGUUGGGUUUGUCUGACGCAGAUCACCUCUCUCCGGUCAUUUUACAAGGAGUCUUCAAGGAUUUCGCAACAAUAUGUCGAAAGAUGUCCCACGCGAGCCAGAGCAGCUGCGCAAGCUGUUCAUCGGAGGUCUGAGCUUCGAGACUACAGAUGAAAGUCUGCGGGCUCAUUUUGAACAAUGGGGGAGUCUUACAGAUUGUGUGGUCAUGAGGGACCCCAACACAAAGAGGUCCAGGGGUUUUGGCUUCGUAACAUACUCAUCAGUAGACGAGGUCGAUGCUGCCAUGACUGCCCGCCCCCACAAAGUUGAUGGCAGAGUUGUUGAACCUAAACGAGCAGUUUCCAGAGAGGACUCAAACCGGCCAGGUGCCCACGUGACAGUGAAGAAGAUAUUCGUUGGAGGCAUCAAGGAAGAUACAGAGGAGUCCCACCUGCGAGACUAUUUCCAGCAGUUUGGCAAAAUUGAAGUUAUUGAUAUCAUGACCGAUCGUAGCACUGGCAAGAAGAGGGGCUUUGCCUUUGUGACGUUUGAUGACCAUGAUUCUGUCGACAGGAUCGUCAUCCAGAAAUAUCACACAAUCAACUCCCAUAACUGUGAAGUGAGGAAGGCCUUAACACGCCAAGAAAUGCAGACUGCAGGAAUGGGUCGCAACGGUGGUGGUGGUGGCGGCGGAGGUGGAAGGCCAUACGACUUUGGAGACAGGGGCUUCAAUCAGGGUGGAAGGGGAAGAUAUGGAGAUGGUCCUUACAAUUGUAAUGGAGGGGAUGGUGGCUAUGGAGGUGGACCUGGGGGGCCUGGCGGAUAUAAUAAUGGUGGCAACCGGGGCUAUAACCAAGGCUACAACCAGGGUGGCGGCGGAGGCGGCGGUGGAGGUGGAGGAGGAGGUGGUGGAUAUGGAGGAAACGGAGGAAAUGGUUAUGACAGCUAUGGAAACUGUGGAGGUGGUGGCGGCGGAGGAAACAGCUAUAAUAACAUGGGCCACUACGACUCGCAGACCUCUAACUUCGGCCCAAUGAAGAGCUUCGGCGGCAGCGGCGGUGGUGGCGGCGGCGGCGGCAGGAACUUCGGUGGCUAUGGCGGUAACUCUAACAGUGGAUAUAACCGACGUGGACAGUUUUAAAAUGUGAAGUGGACUAUGUACUUAGGAGAGGAGAGCGAGGAGAGCAGGCGAAUGACAGGGCAGCUGCAGGUUUCCUCCUAAAUCUGCUCAGCCAAACAGUUGUGGCAGGUUACUGCUGCUGCAAGACGAGAUGUACAAUAGCUUAAUCAUGGAGGGUCUUCAUUUAAACGUUUUGUGCUUUUUCAUCAAAUGUGUUACUGGAAAGCAAGCAUUCCAAUAAGGUUUUAUGUAGAUUUUUUUUUUUUUUCUUCAUUGAGUCUGGUUUUUAUUUGUAACUGCAACCAAUCAAGCUGAAAUAAAACAUCUUUCAGUUUUUUUAAA